UUCGGGAUUUGGACAGUUUGGGUACGGUUUACAAAAGGGUCACUGUCAUUGAUGUACAAUCGGCCCCCAACCAUUCACCAUAUAUCGUUUACCGAUGUCUGCUAAGUAUCACCUUGUCUCCACACCGCAGGGUCGACGCACGCUAGUGGCUUCCCAGACGAUAUAUGUGGCAGAAGGCGGCGCAAACUGUCGUACCUUGCGGUUUUGUGGAAUGGAGUCAUCAAAGUCCGCUGAACAAAAUUGGACCCUAAUUUCGUUGGUUGGACGAGCAUCAGCUGUCGACGUUGGUCCUGAAUAUCCCCUGAUAAGCAAUCCGACUGUCCGAGAGCCCGAGUCGAACUGGGGCGGAUCACGGACUUCUGUGACUUCUCGCUGGCACAUUCCGCUAAAAGAAAGUUCAUUCAUCCCUCCUCAUCACUUCGACUUGACCGGAUUUCGUCAUGCAAGAUGUAUUCUGAUACUUUCGAGUGCAUCCUGAAGCCAGAAGGAGACAUCGAGGUUCACAAAGUUUAGAACGGAAGGUCGGCAAAUACCGUUUAUUUAAGGUA